GAAAAUCUUGUGAAAGAAGUACUAAAAUUCUUUCAUCUAACUCCCAUACACCAGAGAAAUUCCUCAACAGAAUCUUGAAAAAUAGUGAAGUUGGAAACAUUUCAUUUCAUCCAUGAAUUCAACAAUCUUCACAUCCACAACCUCACUAUGGCCUCCAUCUUCUUUCUUCCCAUGCAAAACCAUGCAAGACUUGAAGCAACUCCAUGCCCAGAUGAUCAAGACCGCCCAAAUUCGAGACCCACUCGCCGCUGCCGAACUCCUCCGCUUCUCCGCCGUCUCCGACCACCGUGAUCUCGACUACGCCCGCAAGAUUUUCCGAAGCAUGCACCGACCCAACUGCUUCUCCUACAACACCCUCAUAAGAGCUCUGUCCGAGAGCAACGACCCAUGUGAUGCCUUGCUGGUGUUCAUUGAAAUGGUUGAAGAUUGCAGUGUGGAGCCCAAUUGCUUCACAUUUCCUUCUGUUUUUAAGGCUUGUGGUAGAGCUGAGAGGCUCCGAGAAGGGAGGCAGGUUCAUGGGUUGGCGGUGAAAUUUGGACUUGAUAGUGAUGAAUUUGUGGUUAGUAAUGUUGUUAGGAUGUAUUUGAGUUGUGGGGUUAUGGAGGAUGCUCAUAGGUUGUUCUACAGAAGGGUUUUUGUUGAUGGGUGUGAUGGAAUUAGAGAUAAGAAGAGGAGGGUUGAUGGGGAUGUUGUUUUGUGGAAUGUCAUGAUUGAUGGGUAUGUGAGAAUUGGGGAGCUUGAGGUUGCUAGGAAUUUGUUUGAUGAAAUGCCUCAAAGAAGUGUAGUCUCUUGGAAUGUGAUGAUAGCGGGGUAUGCACAAAGCGGGCAUUUCAAAGAGGCGGUGGAGGUGUUUCGCGAGAUGCAGAUGGCUGAGGUGCCCCCGAAUUAUGUGACUUUGGUUAGUGUUCUCCCCGCCAUGUCCCGGCUUGGGGCGCUUGAGUUGGGGAAGUGGGUGCAUUUGUAUGCUGUGAGGAACAACAUUGGGGUUGAUGAUGUGCUUGGGUCUGCGCUAAUUGAUAUGUAUGCCAAGUGUGGGAGCAUUGAGAAGGCACUGCAGGUCUUUGAGGGGUUACCAAAAAGGAAUGUGGUCACAUGGAGUACUAUUAUUGCAGGGCUUGCGAUGCAUGGUCGAGCAAAAGAUACACUCGAUCACUUUGAGGAUAUGGAACGGGCUGGAGUUAUGCCCAGCGAUGUCACAUAUAUCGGUCUCUUGAGUGCAUGUAGCCAUGCAGGUUUAGUCAAUGAGGGUAGAUGGUUUUUUGACCACAUGGUUAGGGUAUCUGGCUUAGAACCAAGGAUUGAACAUUACGGUUGCAUGGUUGAUCUAUUAGGUCGAGCUGGUCUUUUAGAAGAGUCUGAAGAGCUUAUACUGAACAUGCCGAUUAAACCUGAUGAUGUGAUAUGGAAGGCCUUGCUUGGUGCUUGUAAGAUGCAUGGAAAUGUUGAGAUGGGUAAACGUGUUGCAGAGCAUCUGAUGGAGUUGGCUCCUCAUGACAGUGGCUCCUAUGUGGCCCUGUCAAAUAUAUAUGCCUCUUUGGGAAAUUGGGAAGGGGUUGCUAAAGUGAGGUUGAUGAUGAAGGAGAUGGACGUAAGGAAAGACCCAGGGUGUAGUUGGAUUGAGCUUGAUGGAGUGAUUCAUGAGUUCCUUGUGGAAGAUGAUUCCCAUCCCAAAUCCAAAAAGAUCCAUUCAAUGUUGCAGGAGAUGUCAAGAAAUUUGAUAUUGGUAGGCUAUAGGCCAAACACUACACAAGUCUUGACCAACAUGGAUGAAGAAGACAAAGAAAGCUCCUUAAACUAUCAUAGUGAAAAGAUUGCGAUUGCUUUUGGCUUAAUCAGCACACAGCCACAAACACCACUUCGGAUUACUAAGAACCUUCGCAUAUGUGAAGAUUGUCACUCUUCAAUAAAACUAAUCUCAAAAAUAUAUAAACGGAAGAUCAUUGUAAGGGACCGAAAGCGCUUUCAUCAUUUUGUGAAUGGCUCAUGUUCUUGUAUGGAUUAUUGGUAAUUUCUUAAUACUAAGUAUUCGAUUAUCCUUCA